AUGCAUAAGUCGUUUCAAAAAGAAGUUCAGAAAAAAAUAGAUGAUAUUUCAGAAAAAAUCGAUCAACUUAUGAUUCCUGACGAUUCUUAUUGGAAGUGUCAUGAAGUAAUUAAAGCUUGUCGAUGUGAUAAGGCUAAGGACGUUAGAUCUGCGAUGUUUGAUAUAUUUGGCAAAAAGAAUUUAACACGUAUUAACACUUCGGCGGGGGUUGAUGAUAUUCGCGCAUUUAAAAAUUCUAAAAAGACAAAGCAAGCAUUUAAAUGUUUAUUUAAAGCUGAUGAUGAUAAUAACCUUCCAUACGUUGAGGCAAUUAAGAAAAAGGCCUGGGGAAAAAAGAAUACAACAAAAAAAGAUACUGCUUUCACUUUGGCCAUUUGUGAAAUUGUACUUAAUCCAAAACACCCAAAAAUUUCUAGCUGUAUUUGUAAUUCAGAAGAAAUAACUUCAAGUACAAUUAAAUCCAUUAGACAAGAAAAGUUAGGAGAAAAUUAUCUUAAUACUUCUGAAGAAUCGGAUGGUAACGAAAGUUCAGGUGAUAAUUUGGAUAACAAUGAAGAUUUAGACAAUUCUAAUGAAGAUAACGAUGAUAUGAUAAAUGAAAACCAAAAAAGGAGUCGUGAAAUUAAUAAUAUCGACAAUCAAAAUCAUAAAUAUCAACGAAUUGAUAACAAUUCUUUAGAAAUUAGCUUUAAUUAG